CUCACCCUUGUCUACCUCUAGCAGCUUUCUGCUCUGCCACUACCCUGCCCAGCACCAUGCCCUACAGCUGCAGUCUGCCCGCCCUCAGCUGCCGCACCAGCUGCUCCUCGAGGCCCUGCGUGCCCCCCAGCUGCCACGGCUGCACCCUGCCCGGGGCCUGCAACAUCCCCGCCAACGUGGGCAACUGCACCUGGUUCUGCGAGGGCUCCUUCAAUGGCAGCGAGAAGGAGACCAUGCAGUUCCUCAAUGACCGCCUGGCCAGCUACCUGGAGAAGGUGCGGGAGCUGGAGCGGGAGAAUGCGGAGCUGGAGAGGCGCAUCCAGGAGCGCAGCCAGCAGCAGGAGCCGCUGCUGUGCCCCAGCUACCAGUCCUACUUCCGCACCAUCGAGGAGCUGCAGCAGAAGAUUCUGUGUGCCAAGUCAGAGAACGCCCGGCUGGUGGUGCAGAUUGACAAUGCCAAGCUGGCUGCUGAUGACUUCAGAACCAAGUAUGAUACUGAGCUGUCCCUGCGGCAGCUGGUAGAGUCGGACAUCAACAGCCUGCGCCGCAUCCUGGAUGAGCUGACCCUGUGCAAGUCCGACCUGGAGGCACAGGUGGAGUCGCUGAGGGAGGAGCUGCUGUGCCUCAAGAAGAACCAUGAGGAGGAGGUCAACACCCUGCGCUGCCAGCUCGGGGACCGCCUCAACGUGGAGGUGGACGCCGCGCCCUCUGUGGACCUCAACCGCGUGCUCAAUGAAGUCAGGAGCACCUACGAGGCCGUGGUGGAGACCAACCGCAGGGAGGUGGAGGAGUGGUACACCACACAGACUGAGGAGCUGAACAAGCAGGUGGUGUCAAGCUCGGAGCAGCUGCAGAGCUACCAGGCGGAGAUCAUUGAGCUGAGACGCACGGUCAAUGCCCUGGAGAUCGAGCUGCAGGCCCAGCACAACCUGAGGAACUCCCUGGAGAACACGCUGACCGAGAGCGAGGCCCGCUACAGCUCACAGCUGGCGCAGGUGCAGCAACUGAUCAGCAGUGUGGAGUCACAGCUGGCGGAGAUCCGGGGUGACCUGGAGCGGCAGAACCAGGAGUACCAGGUGUUGCUGGACGUGCGGUCGCGGCUGGAGUGUGAGAUCAACACGUACCGGGGGCUGCUGGAAAGCGAGGACUGCAAGCUCCCCUGCAACCCUUGUGCCACCACCAAUGCCUGUGGCGGCUGUCAGAAGCACUAAGUGAACAGCUGCAUCCUCCUGGAAGAUGUCCCUGAAGCCCAGGAAGGAUCCCCAGGACCUCCCGCAGCCAGGGUUCAGUCGACGUUAAAGCCAGCGAUGCUUCUAGACCCUGACGUGCCUUCCAGACCCGACCAGUAAAGACACACACAGCUUCCGGUGUCCAGAGAACUCCUUGGGCUCUGGUGUUGCCCCUCUUCUUUCUGGAGGGUGUUUAGCUCCCUGCAGUCUGAGCCCCAGGGGUGACCUGGGGACAUUUCUGUGGGCACUGCAAUUUCCUGCUUUCCUUUCCUCUUUGGUAGUCUCUUGAAUGCGAGCAGGUGAUCUCAUGUACUUCCCAAUAAACUUCCUCUCUCUGGCAUAGGA